AUGGGAAAACCCAGACCACAAAAGAAGAAGUCCUCCAAAUCCCGUGCAAAAUCCGUCCUCGGCCCUGGUGGCUCAGUCUCGAAACACAAAAUGGCCCAAACUCCUACCGAAAUACUCGAUCAAGCCACGAUCCUCCUACAAACCGGCCGUGUGGAGGAAGCGUUGGAAACUGCGCAGCAAGCGCUUGAACUGACCAACGGCAAUGCGCAGCUGCCCGCAUUGAACCUGCUAGGGGAGAUCAACGUUGAGCUGGGCGAGAUCGAUACCGCUAGGGAAUGUUUUCUGCGUGCCGUUCAGUUGGACCUGGAUGGCUCGAUACCGGAAUCUGAGGGUGGUGGCGCAGAGAAGUUCAUGUGGCUUGCUCAGUUGAGUGAGCAGGGUGGAGUUGAUAGUGUCCAAUGGUUCGAGAAGGGUGUUUCCUCCCUGCGCCAGACUCUCCAGUCACUGGAAGGAAAGACUAGUGCAGAGGAUGUUGCCAAUGCUGAGGAGAAGAAGACCAAGCUGGCGAAUGCACUCUGUGCUGUUGCUGAGAUUUACAUGACUGAUCUUUCUUGGGAAGAAGAUGCAGAAGCUCGAUGCGAGUCACUUAUCACAGAGGCUAUCGCUGCUACACCUGAGGCCCCAGAAAUUCUUCAGACUCUUGCCUCCAUUCGGAUUUCACAAUUGCGCACUGAGGAAGCCCAGGCCGCUCUCAAGAAGAGUGUUAGUCUGUGGAAAGAUUUAGCUCCGGAAGACCCGAAGGUGCCCGAUUUCCCAGUGCGCAUUAGUCUUGCAAGACUUCUCAUGGAGGUGACUCUGGAAUUUGAGGCUCUGGAAGUCCUCGAGCGACUGAUCCUAGAGGACGACCAGAGUGUGGAGGCAUGGUACCUUGGCGGCUGGUGUCUCCAUCUGCUGGCAGAGAAGCAAGAGGCACCAAAGGAUAUCCAAGAAGACGAAAAUGAAUCACCAAGACAUGCUUCCCUGGUCGCAAGCCGUGAGUGGCUGAAACAGAGCUUGAAGCUUUACGAAAAACUGGAAUACGAGGAUGAGCGUCUUCGGGAUCAUGCUUUAGAGCUUGUUCAGGGAAUUGAUCAAGAGAUUGGAGAGGAUAUGGAUGACAGUGAAGCAGAGGGCGAGGGUGAAGAUUGGGAUGGGGAGAUCGAUAUUGAAUCAGAUGAGGAGGAUCACGAGAUGGCUGAUUCAUAA